AUGGAGCUGGAUACGGCUGGAUCUGCACCCAUCACCCUGAACCCCAUCGAGCCUGUCACACUGUCUCACUUCCCUGAUCCUGCAUUUUCUCCUCCUGCCGGCUCCCCUCAGCCCUCCCUGGAGCCCCAAGGGGCCCUCAUUCUCCAUGGAGAGCAGGGAGAGGGAUGCAGGACCCUCGCCCAAGAGCACUGCCUCAGUCCUGGGAACCUGAGGGAGGGUGUUCUGCCAGUACAGGGUUUCCAUGAUGUCUCAACUCUCACAGAUCUGUGCUCCAGUGUGGAUUUGCCAGAGGUGGAGAUAGUCAGCUUGCUGAGGGAAGAGUUGCCCAAAUACACUCUGCGGGCAGACCAUGUAUAUGGGUAUGAGCAUGACGACUGGCUGCACACUCCUCUGGUGCCAGCAGAAGCUGCACUUGGACUUACACAGGAGCAGAUUGAGGAGACACUUAAAUACUUCUUGCUGUGCUCAGAGAGAGUUGGUCAAAUCACAAAGACAUAUCAUGACAUUGAGGCAGUUACACAUUUGCUUGAGGAGAAAGAGCGGGAUCUGGAACUGGCAGCCCGGAUUGGCAAAUCGCUGCUCAAGCAGAACAAAGCCGUGACUGAACGAAACAAACUACUGGAUGAACAGUUGGAAAUUGCCACGGAAGAGAUAGCACAGCUGCGUCAUGAGCUGUCCAUGAGAGAUGAUCUCCUGCACUUUUAUGCCAGCACUGAAGAGAUAGAGCAUGCCACAGAAUCACUACUUAUACAGAAUGAUACGUCUUCAUCUCUUAGUAACUACGUGAAUUACGACUUCCUGCAACAAAAGCUCAAGGGUUUGGAGGAGGAGAACUUCAAGUUGCGCUCAGAGGCUAACGAGCUAACCUUUGAGACCAACAAUUAUGAGGAACAAGAGCAGCAGCUUAUGAUGGUGUGUGUGGAUGAACUCUCAAUGGCGAAUAAACGGGUCACAUCUCUGUCGGAGGAGCUUUCUCGAAGGGUGGAAGAUUCUUUAAGACAACAAGAAGAGAUUAGCUCACUCCUGGGACAGAUAGUCGACCUAGAGCAGCGUUGCAAAGGGCUCACUGCUGAGAAUGAGGAGUUGAUGCAACAUUUUAAUUCAUCACGAGAAAGCCAGUCACAGCUUAAAACAGAGCUGAAGGAACUGCGUGAUCGGUACUCAGAAUGUGAGGACAUGCUACACGAAGCUCAAGAGGACAUAAAGAACCAGCGCAAUAAGAGUCUACCCAACAGCACUGUCCAGCGUUAUAGUACCCUAUCUGCAAUCUUCCCAAUGGACUCACUCGCUGCUGAGAUCGAAGGAACUUUCCGGAAAGGCCUAGACAGCCCUGCGCCCACUGAAUACAAGAAUCACCCAUUGCGUGUGUUUGAGACAGUGAAAAUAGCCAAUCAGGUGGCUCGACUACGCUCCCAAAUCGAGUCUCCCCAGGUUCCGGGGUCGAGCUCUGGGUCAUUGCGCUCUAGUCGAAUCAGUACGCCACGGACAAGUUAUUAUGAAUCAGACUCUGCUAGCUUCAACCUGGAGGACAAGCACUCUCCCCCAACACACACACAGGAACAUGGGUUGCUGGAAUCAAAGCGUUUGGGUCAGCCAGGUACACCAGGUGGGCAAGAUUUAGAGGCAGCUCUCCGAUCUCUCUCAGAACGUCAGGAAAGUCAUACAUCAGAGCGUCCAUUCUUCGAGGUGGAGAGAGAGAGGAAACUACGUGCCCUGCAGAAUGGAAGCAGCGGUAGUGGCGGUGGGUCCAGUGGUAUCCUGACGCCCAAUGACAGUGAUGUAUCCACAGGAACAAACUAUUCUGGCACCUCCACCCAUUCCUCAGGCACAGGCUCGUCUCGCUCGUACCUGCCUGAACGUCUGCAAAUAGUUAAGCCACUGGAGGGCUCAGUCACUCUUCACCAAUGGCAGCAGCUGGCCAAGCCCAAUCUUGGGGGUAUCCUCCACCCACGGCCAGGUGUCCUCACUAAAGACUUCAGGGAGCUAGAUGGGGAUUUUCAGCACGUCUACAGCCUCAAUGACCUGGAAGAGGAUGAGCCUGUCAUGUCCAAAUUCCCAGACCUCCUACACGGCACUGUUGUCACUUCAUCUGGGCCUAACCUCCCUCAGACCACCCCAAACACUAGCUGUCAGAACCUCCAUCCCUCUGUCCUCCUCUCCUCCUUCUCUACCAGCCUACGACCCCGCAGCAUGUCCGCUUUUGGGAGCUGUAAGCACGUGAGAACUUCAUCAGGUCUCCAAAGCAUCUCUGCUUCCACAGCACAUUUCCACCCAGCCACACACCCCUCAUCCCUCGGGCUGCUACAACUGGUUUCAGAGCAUGGCAUCUCAGCCUCAACUCAUCCUAGCUCCCAUUUCACUCAUAGAACCUUAAAAACCCUCAGCACUGCCUCAGGGGAAAGACAGCGGAACUUUGGUGGAAGUGAACAAGAAAGAAGAGAACAGGAACGACAGAGAAACAUUUUCAGUGUAAAUCUUGUGGAAAAGCUCAGAAGUCUGGGCCUGUAUAAAGUGGUAGAGAGAGGCUUGUUGGAUUCUGGGGGAAAAGAGAAGACAGACUCAAGUAACAGUACUACAUGAACAGUCCUAGCACUGAGAGCUGCUGCUUGUGCCAUUUUGUGCAUCAUCUUCCUUUUUGCACUCAAUGUAUGUCCCCUCAUUUGUUAUGGGGCCUUAUUGAAAGCCAUAUCAAUGGAAAGUCAUAUCAGGUUUACAUUUCUGUGGUGACUGUUGCCUGUGUUAGCAUCUUUAAGGAUGACUUUCUUUGUGGCACUGGGAAUUGUAUGGAUUGCACCUGAAAAGACAUUUCAUUAUGAAAUGUUAAACGUGUGUUUUUUUUCUUUUGUAUCAUUGUUGCAGUAGGGUGUUUUGAACACUCUUCAGAAGGGAAAAGUUGUGCAUUUGUUGACUUUUUUUUUACAUGCCACCUCUUGAAGGGAAUUUGUCUGUAACCAUCAGUCUUAGAAUAACUGUUUUAUUUAAACAAGUAAAACAUUUUCUUUUUAUUAGAAAUUCAGGAACAUGAACUAUAUUGGGCAUCCAUCUUGCUUGCUGCCAACCAAGCAACAAAAGUGUAAGUAGUGUGUCCUGCUCUCUGAGAAAUACGUUUGUCAUUGAUAGCACUGAUUUGGGCAAUCAAAUCCCCCUUUCCCCCCUGACAAUUCAGAGAGAAUUAUUGGUACAUUAUGUGAGGUUAUGUACUGUACCUGCUAUGCUAUAUAAAUGUACUGGAUAAAAUAAGAAGCCACAUUUUACAGUCUUGUUUAGCGAAUAGAAGGUACUGUACAUUUGUGAUCUUGUUGUGGUCAUUUCUGAAUUUGAUUGUGCUAAAAUUUAAGAACACCUCAUGUGAUGACACAAUACACACACACACACACACACACACACACACACACACACACACACACACACACACACACACACACACGCGCGCGCGCGCGCGCGUAAACAACAUAAAUAUCACAGACACCA